AGGAGGCAGAGUUGGUGGCGGGGAGGGACUCUGCGCAACAAGUCCUAGGGCGCAAGAAUAGGAUGAUAGGAGUGAAUGGCAACACGGCAUGCAGUAGCUCAAACAGGUACGAUUCUCUACCUCAACUACAUAUUCCAUCAUUCAUGAUGCCGCUUGGAAAGGAUGUGUCGUAGUAAAGUUUAUCCGGACUUGACAAGCGCGCCGUUGGAAGUUUUCCAGCAUGUCACAGCACAGAACACAGUUUGGAGGACGUGUUAUAACACAGAAUGGGAAAGAUAAAGCGUUUCACACCCCUGGUGAUUUUCUUCACUCUCGGGUUUAAUCGCAAAAGUAUCGCUGAAAGUUUGUUUGGGGGACGCAGCAGGUGACCAGCGGGGCUUUCAGAUCUGGACAACAGCCUCGAUCACAGGCUGUGCUUUAAUGUGACGGAAGGCAACGUGAAAUGGUCCCGACUUGUCACAGAAGCUGGGAGGAUAUAACUUGAAAGGAGCGUGUAAGAAUCUCAGUCCAUCAUGAGAGCGCUGACUUUACUGUGCGUAAUAGUCGGGCUGUGGGAGUCCAGCCUGAGCAACAGAAACUGCCCGGAUCUGAUCGUUGACAGCUGUCACUGCUCUGCGGAGAGGUCGAAGGAGCUGAGCAGGCAGCACGUCCGAGUCAAAGUUGUGUGUGAUGAUGUGGAGCUGAUGGACACACUGCAGCCCAGCUUCUUACCCAACAGAACCGUGUCCCUAAACCUGAGUAACAACAAGAUCUCCCUGCUGAGGAAUGGCUCCUUCUAUGGCUUGGCUGUGCUGGAAAAACUGGACCUGAAGAAUAAUUUGAUAAGUACAUUGGAGCCCGGGGCCUUCCGUGGUCUGCUUGCUCUGAGAAGACUGGACCUGUCUAACAACAGGAUUGGCUGUCUCUCGGCUGAAAUGUUUCUCGAUCUGGGCAACCUCUCAAAAUUGAAUUUAUCUGGGAACAUCUUCUCCACUCUGACUGUGGGACUCUUUACACACCUCGUGGCUCUCAGAGUGCUGCACUUCAGCACUGAGACUUUGUUCUGUGACUGUCAGCUGAAGUGGCUUCUUCUCUGGGCUCGAAGCAACUCGGUGAGGAUCGGCAACGACACGGUGUGUGUGUUCCCCACCCACCUCCACGGACUAGAGUUUCGCAACCUACGUGAACAGCAGCUCAGCUGUGAUGGACCUCUGGAGAUGCCCCUCUUCCAGCUCAUUCCUUCCCAGAGACAACUGGUUUUCCACGGAGACCGUUUACCCCUGCAGUGCACCGCAUCCUACCUGGACUCUUCGGUGGAGCUGCGGUGGCAUCACAACCGGCGCAUCGUGACUACGCAGGAGGACCGGGGCGUCUACGUGGAGGAAACCCUGCUUCACGACUGCUGCUUGCUCACCAGUGAGGUCAUCCUCUCCAACAUCGACGUGGGCAUCGCUGGUAUCUGGGAGUGCCUGGUGACCAGUUCCCGUGGCAACACUUCUCAGCAAAUGGAGAUAGUUGUUCUGGAGACGUCUGCACCGUACUGCCCCACUGACAGAGUCACCAACAACAAGGGAGACUUCAGGUGGCCAAAGACUUUAGCGGGCAUCCUUGCCUUCUUGCCCUGCGCUCCUGCCACCUUCGGCUCUGCCCACCACCCCUCUGGCAGCAGUCAUCACCCCUCCAGCCAGAGGGAGAAGAAGGCGUGGCGGAGCUGUGACCGGGCUGGACAUUGGGCUGAAGAGGACUACACUCAGUGCCCGUAUGCCAGUGAAGUGACCCGCGUGCUGCAUGAACUCACACAGAUAACUAUAAAUACUACCAACGCUCAGCCUUUAGGCCAGCAGUUAGUGGCCUUCACCAGCAAGGCGGCUCUCUUCACUGACGUCAUGGAUGUCAUCUUUGUCACACACCUGGUGGAGAGACUGACGAGGCUGGUGGAGAAACGUAAAGAUCUGGGCGACUACAUAUCAGACAUAGCCAGUAAUAUGAUGCUUGUGGAGGAGCAUAUCCUGUGGAUGGCGCAGAAUGAGGCCAGAGCGUGCACCCGCAUCGUCCAGUGUGUGGAGCGCAUCGCUGACCUGGCGCUGACCGGAGACAAUCAGGUCAUUUCUAAGGUAUCUGCUAACAUAGCUCUGGAGGCCUUUCUGAUCCGGCCGUCUAACUUCCUCGGUCUGUCCUGUACGGCACUUCAGCGCCCCCCCUCAUCUGCCACAUCGCCCCUCCCUGACAGCCACUCCCACACUGACAAGGACAAGAGCAGAGAGCGUGAUGCCGCGGGGGAAUCGUUGCUCAACUUCAAAUGCCACACUGUCAACAACAGCGGCUCACCGGCCCGUCAGCUCAGCAAGAACUCAGUGGCAGUCGCCUCAAUCCAUUUACCGCUGGCUGGUACGCCUAUCUCCUCCUCUGCGUUGCAAUCUGUUGAUAACUCCACUUGCAAGCUGCAGUUUAUUGUGUUUCGCAAUGGGAAACUCUUUCCUUGCACGGGGAAUUCGUCCAAUCUCGCAGACGAUGGGAAGCGUAGGAGCGUUUCGACACCAGUUGCUUUCACCAAAUUAGAUGGGUGCAGCCUCGGGAGCGCCGUGCACUCCGUUACUAUUGCUCUCAGGCACUUCGCACUGGGUGUAGACCCCACCGCAGCCUAUUGGGAUUUUGACCUACUGGAUGGACACGGUGGCUGGAGGGCAGAGGGCUGCCACAUAACAGGCUCCGGGGGCAACACGACCACUAUUCAUUGCACCCAUCAUAAUAACUUUGCUGUGCUAAUGGAUCUGAAGAAGGUGCUGUCUUUCCCCCCGUACCCUGGGGAGUUUCUGCACCCGGUCGUGUAUGCCUGCACGGCGGUCAUGUUGCUCUGCCUCUUCGCCUCCAUCAUCACGUACAUAGUGCACCACAGCGCAAUCCGCAUCAGUCGGAAGGGAUGGCAUAUGCUUCUCAACUUCUGUUUCCACACGGCUCUGACCUUUGCUGUGUUUGCCGGCGGCAUCAAUCGAAUCAAAUACCCCAUCAUCUGUCAAGCAGUCGGGGUCGUGCUGCACUACUCGUCUCUGUCGACCAUGCUGUGGCUCGGGGUGACGGCCAGGAACAUUUACAAACAGGUGACCAAGAAGCCUCCGCAGAGCCAAGAUGGUGACCCGCCUCCGCCCCCUAAACAGCCCUUGUUGAGAUUUUAUUUAGUCAGUGGUGGAGUGCCCCUCAUCAUCUGCGGGGUCACGGCAGCUGUCAAUAUAGACAACUAUGGCAGCGGGGAGCAAGCGCCGUACUGCUGGAUGGCAUGGGAGCCCAGCCUGGGAGCCUUCUUUGGCCCUCUGGCCUUCAUCGUCCUGGUGACAUGCAUCUACUUCCUCUGUACAUUCAUCCAGCUGCGGCGACACCCCGAAAAGAAGUACGAGCUCAAGCAGCUGACGGAGGAGCAGCAGAGGCUGGCCGCUGUCGAUGUGCAGACCCACUGCCACCAGGGAGCCGAGCCGGGAGCCUUGGCAGCCCCGCCCGGUGGGGGCCACUGCCCCGCUGGCUGCCCAGGCGUUCCCAUCAACCCCGCACUGCUGGCCAACGAGCACUCCUUCAAGGCUCAGUUACGAACGGCGGCCUUCACCCUUUUCCUGUUCCUGGCCACCUGGACUUUCGGGGCGCUGGCCGUGUCACAGGGCCACUUCCUGGACAUGAUCUUCAGCUGCCUUUACGGUGCCUUCUCCGUCACCCUUGGCCUCUUCAUUCUCAUCCAUCACUGUGCCAAGCGUGAUGAUGUCUGGCAUUGUUGGUGUUCCUGUUGUCCCGGACGACAUGCCAAUGCCUGCUCUGGAGCCCAUGGGCCCGCUCAAGCGCGGCCCAAGGUCAACGUGAAUGGAGACACCCCCGGGCAUGGCCAUGGUCACAGCCACUGCCACCAUGAUUCACCAUGUCAUGGUAAAACACUGAUGAGCUGCGGUCAUGGCAGUUUAGGUCACUGUAAACACGGCGCCCUUCCGUCGUCGCAAAACCACGUGGCGUGUCUAGCACCGGUGACGCCGUGCUGCGGCGCCCUGCAUAGCCAGCAGCUGAUGGAAGAGGAACCUGCAGCAACACAUGUGCUACUACAUGCUGACCCAGAGGGUUACCGGCCGGGGAUCCAAUUGCACCCCUGCCUAAAGAGCAGCACCAGGACUAAAAGCCGCCACUUCAGCCGCCGGGCCGGGGCCGGUGCUUGCGCAGCCGGCAGUGAAAGGGAAUACGCCUAUCACAUCCCCUCCAGCGUGGAUGGAGGCAGCGUGCACAGCUCACACACUGACAGCCCCCACAGCACACAUGAGCGUCACGCCCACAUUUGUCCACAUCUGGCCCACGAAGGCCACCAUGAUGGGCAUCACACAUGCCACUGCGCUGCUACCACCGCCACGCACGAGGCUCUGGUAUGCCAUAAUCCCUGCCACAGGCAUAUCUGCUGUGCCAAGGCAGACCUUUUCCCUUCUCUGUGCCCGGCAGAGGCAGGCGAUACAGGCAUCUUCCUGUGUGGUUGCGGCAAAGUGGCCGAGCAGGACCCGAUGGCAACACAUCACCAUCUGGAGAUGCACGCCCCGCGCAGACAAUCUUACCCCCAGAACCCGACCAAUCAGAAUGGGAUUCUAAAGGGGGGCUUGCAAGAAGGACUCCUGUACAGCUCGGACAGCACAGGGAAUAUACGCACUGGGCCGUGGAAGAAUGAAACUACUGUGUAGUGUGGGAAACAGGGGAGCAGCACCCCUGCCCCUUCCCACCAAAAAUACCCUUGCCUCCCUUUGUAGAAUAAAAAAAAAAAUGAAUUGAACAACAUUUUAAACAUCACAAUCAGCGUGGGAUAUUUUUAUUUUAAUGUCCUCAUGUUUAUAUGUGUGCUGUUUUACUGUACAGAAAUCUGAUAUCAUGUAAAUGCUCACUGAAGAGCGUCCAUACACAGAACAGAUUCUCCUCCAUCAAGAAGAAUACAUGAAAUGUGUCAUGCCAUCAGAUGUAAUUGAAGGUAUUUCCACUGUUCCAUAUUACUACAGAUCUCUCUCUCUAUAUAUAUAUACAAGAACAUGAAUGGUUGUAUGUAUGAAAAUGUGUGUUAGUGCUUAAAGGCAACACGCUGCAAGAUUUCUUUUUACACUUUGAAUCUGAAUCCAUCCCAUAGUCUACGAUGACAGUCCUCCAGUACUUAUAAGAACUCUUGGCAUCCAUGUUUUAGACGACUAAACCAGCAAUUUUAGACUUCAUGGGUAUUUUUGCCAUUCAGUCAAGCAACUGUGAACAUCUAUAGAUUUUCUAAAUAUUAUACAAAGAUACUGUCGCUUGCCAGAGAUGUGUGGAUGGAAGUUUAAGUUGUGAAAAUUUAAAGCAACCGAAAAAGAGAGGUGAAAUUAAGCAUCCUCUUCCAGGUUGGCAUUGAUCGUGUUGUCUGUAUGAUGUCUUCACUGUUGUGUUUAUUUUUUUCUGGAGAGAAGUAAAUAACGGCAACAUCAACAGCAACACCGUUGGCCAUUGUGAAUAGAGAGGUGAUGUCAUUGAGUCAUUGGAUCCAGUGUCAUUUUUGUUAACACUGUGCCACAUAGAGAAAGGUCCUCACAGACAGUUCAUUGCCAAACUAGUGUGCAGGUUUUUUUAUUCUCUUUAGCUCAGCUCGCACAUGCUUUCAGACAUUAUAAAAUCAGCAUAUGGUUCCUUGUAGAACUCAACACUCAAAUGUUUUAGGAAAAAAAGAGUGUGAAUGUGAUUAUAGAAGAAACAACAAGCUGCUUUGGGAAACCCGCCUGUGAGCAAUGUCCUAUUAUUUUUAUUAAAAACAUUUUAGCCAACCUCACCCCACUAUUAGCAAAAGCCACAGAAUGACACAUGGAAGAAAUUAGAGCAAUUGCAGUCCCUUUAUAUUUCCUUUAUUGCUAAUUGUUUUCAUAAAAGCUCCAAAGCAUGCAUGCCUUGUUGUAUGAAGCGAUGUGCUAUAUUUUAACAGUGUAAAUGAAAGCCCAUACAUGGACGUAUUAUUUGCCUCGACCGCUGCAGCUUGUCAUGUAUAAUUUCUGUUACAUUUUGGAUUAAGACCAGUUCUCAACAGACACUGUAUUAUUUCCCAAUGGUGAUCUCCAUUUAACAAGACUAUGGCUGGGUUGCACCAGCAAGGAUCCAUUUAAUCAAAUAUUAGUUAUAGUCAUAGUUUAGCAAAACUAGGUUUAAAUUGUGUAAAUCUAUUUUUUUAAUUAAGCAGAGUUCUGUUUCACGAUAAAGAGUUAUUCUCUUUCAGGUGCUUUUAGGACCUCGUAAGUAUAAAAGAAGUGCCAUUAACUCUCCGCUGCUUUGUAGUCCUUAACAAAACGUCACAUUGUUUGCUAGCUAGCUAAAAAGUCAGUUAGUUAGCCCAAAAUGACUCAUGAUUCUCCUCCUUUGAAAAAACGUGUUGGCCAAAUGAUCGAAUCACAUCACAUUUUAAAUUGGAGUUUAAUGUUUUGAUGCAACAUAAUUCUAUUUAAUAUCUAAACUAAACUGAGGUUUAAAGAGAGGUUCAAAUGUAAUCUUUCUGAAUUGUAAGCUAGUUUUAAAGUUUAGUACGACAUGAUAUCAAAUUAAACCAUAAUUUAAUCUGGUUUAAAACUGAAUCGUUGUUGGUGCAACCCAGCCUAAAUUUAUCCUAGAGAGACCAAGGUGAAGUAUGGAUGUUUUUUAUUUAUUUUUAUGAAUGAAUGAUGAUAUUGAGUAUGAUACUGCUGAAAAAAAACACUCAUAAAUUUCAUCAGAAAAGCCAAACUUAAAAAAAAUGUACACUCAAGCAGCGCAUAUAAUCUCACAGCAAACCCUGCUCUCGCGAAACCUCGGCAUGCACACCAUCUCUUUAUCCAUCUUGUGCACUAUUGUCUGUGUAUAUUGAAUCAGUUUCUGAUGAAUUAUUUUUUAUGAGAUUUAAGAUAUUUAAGAAUAAAAUAAGUCUAUAUGUAAAGAAAGUUGUAUUGGGAAAAGAAUCUGACCUCUCAAUGUUAAUACUCAGUAUCUGAGUUUAGAAAUGUCCUUUUUGUUUUCUAAUGCCUUUUUUUUCUGUUGCAAUUUUAGUUGAUCUCAUAAAGUAUGCAGACUCGCCAUGUGUUGUGAGUUUAUCCUGUCAUAUCAGAAAUAGAAAAUGCACUACCCAUAAUGACAUUUGGCCUGCCAGAGUAGAAUGUGUCACUUGCAGUAUGUUUAUUAUAGAAAUGUUUGUUCAGAACUAUUUGACUUUAAAAAAGUGACAAGAGAAAUAUUAAUGUGAUACUCCCUUUAUUUGGAUGGCAGGCUUUUGAAUAGUGAAAGGAGGCCCUAGUAAACAUCAAAGAUGAUGCAUGAACCUCAUAGCUUUGCACAGGACCACAAGUUAUUUCCAGGGUCUGGGACAAAAUGGGAUAUUAUGGGCCAAACCUAUUAGUUAUAAAACAGUAUUUGAUCUCACAAUAUGGGCUCCUUUGAGCCACCUUAGAUGAUGGCAGUCAGUGGCCCUGGCUUUAUAGUUAUUGGAAAGGGAUUUGUAACAGUAUCACAACAAAACAUUUGAAAUCAGCCUCUCCAGCUGAACCCACAUUAAGCUGAGAGAACAAUGGGCUAGGUUAAUUGCUGUACAACAUGUGUAUUUGCUGGUGGUGUGUCUUUAGGAGCAACCCGAGCUUCUCACCGUCUGUGAGACGAUGUGUUUAGUGUCAUGGGCCACCGCAGGCCAACUUCUCUGUUGUCGUCAGUAGCAGAUGUACUGCCCUAAACGAGCUUGCUGACUUGGUUUCGGCUCACCGGACGGCUGCUGGAAUAUUCACCUGUGGUACUGUGACAAAAACCUAAAGCCAGUUUUCACUUUUUUCUACAUUGACACAGAUUCCAAUAAAUGUAUUUUUUCACCAUG